AGCGGUGGGAAAAGGGGCGUCCAGGUUCUCCUCAUGUUCCAAAUACGUAACACAAUGAAGGUGACCAUGGGUCCACACCUUGACCUUUUCGGCUUUACUCAUUUAUUUGCUUUUUGCAAAACCACUCUGGAGAGGAAAUUGUUUUCUUUGAAUCCAUUUUUGCAAGAAGCAGCGUGAGCAGGAGCAGGAGCAUGGCAUGGUCUUUGAAAAUCUGCUGAAUCCGCUGACCUUCGACCCCACCUUCUCUUUCUCUCUCUAAAAAAACCCCUUUCUCUCUCUAUCUUUCGUUUCUCUCUCUAAAAGCAACAGCACAAAAUAUCUUCUCAACACCCCUCUCUCCGAGCUCUGGCAAUGGCAGGACCAAAAAGUCUAGCAAAUUUGGGAUAACCCAUUUCGUGUCUCUGGACUCUGUACCCAAAAAUGCAAUGGUUUUGGAGUUUUUGCUACAUGGGUUUUGCACUUUCUCUCUCUAGAGCAAUCCUUUAUCUGGGUGCUGGUCGUCGAUCUGGGUGCAGUGCAUGUAAUGUUGAAGAAGCUUUUAUUACCGAUAGGGUGGGGGAUCUGUUUGCCUAAUAUAGGUUGCAUAAGGGGAAGAGCAAUUUUCCUCUCUCUAAAAUAAACCCUCGUAGCAUGCAGUGGGCUGCUUAAGAUCGGCCUAUGGUUUUCUCUCUCUAAAUUCCUCCUUACCAGAAGCAGUUAGAAAAGGGGAGGCUUUUUCGAUUUUGCAAGUGGAUUGUUUUGAACAUUUUCAAUUCUCUCUCUCUCUCUCUCUCUCUCUCUCUCUCUCUCUCUCUCUUCUCUCUCUAGAAGAAGAAGAUCGCCUAAUGAAGUGCUCACAGAGAGGUCUGCUUUAUGCCCAAAGAGAAUGGCUGGUAUUCUAACUCACUCUGAAUCUCCUCGCCAUGGCUACUUCUUAUUGAUCUGCUUUCUUGCAAAUUAGGGGUUUUUAUAAUUUCUAUGAGGAAAUAAUUGCCUUUUCUUUUGCUCUUCUUCUUUACAAGAUUUUCAAUCGUAGUGGAUCGAUAGUAUUUCUUUAAAACCUUUGUGGAUUGCUUCUUUGGUUUCAUACUACUGAUAAAAACUCAAGCGUUACUCCUGAAGAUUGAUGGAACCUCUGAUGCUAAGUUGAAAGCAGCUGGGUCUGGUUCUCUAUUUGGCUUUUGAAGUUUAGGGUUUAUCACAUAUUUUGUAUCAGAAAAGAUCCUCCCUCUUUCUCUGUCUCAAUCACUAAAACUGUAAUGGGUCUUGAUCUUUCCAUUUAGUGGGAAAAACCCAAUAAGGUUUCUGGGUUUUGAUCACUCAUGAGGGGGCAAUCUUCUCCCCUGAAUUCUCUCUCUGAAACGAAGUUUUGAUGCAAUGUUAAGAGCAGGGUGGCCUGGCCUAUUGAUCUCGUGUUACCUGUUACUCUCUGUAUCUGCGACUGAUCGAGAAUUCCCCUGUUCAAAUUGUGAUGAUGAUGGUCUUUGGAGUAUCGCCACCAUUUUACAAUGGCAAAAGGUGAGUGAUUUCCUCAUAGCCUUGGCCUAUUUCUCGAUCCCCCUUGAACUCUUUUACUUCAUAACAUGUUCAACUGUGUUCCCUUUUCGAUGGGUCCUUGUUCAAUUUGGCGCAUUCAUAGUCCUUUGUGGACUAACCCACUUUCUAAUGGGUUGGAGUUAUGCUCCACAUUCAUUUCACCUGGUUCUAGCCCUCACUGUGUUCAAGUUUCUCACUGCUCUUGUUUCCUCUGCAACUUCGAUCACCCUGGUUACUCUGAUCCCCCAACUUCUCAAAGUGAAAGUGAGAGAAGGGUUUCUUAGGAAGAAGGCCAAGGAGCUAGAUAGAGAAGUGGGCAGGAUUAGAAAAAGAAAGGAAGCGAGUUGGCAUGUUCGUAUGCUUACCAACGAGAUCAGAAAAUCGCUUGAUCGCCACACCAUUCUAUACACGACUCUAGUUGAGCUCUCUAAGACACUAGCCCUGCAAAAUUGUGCGAUUUGGAUGCCCAAUGAUCAGAAAACGGAGAUGAAUUUGACCCAUGAACUAAAACGAAGGGAUGUGAAGCUUUCGAUACCGGUAAAUGUUCCGGAAGUGGUUGAAAUAAUAGGAAGCAAGGGUGUAAAGGUUUUGGGACCCGAUUCGGUUCUUGGGUCAGCUAGUAGUUGUGGAUUCACUUGUUAUGGUUCGGUUGCAGCCAUUAGAAUGCCUAUGCUUAGGGUCUCAAACUUCAAGGGGGGAACACCUGAGAUGAUUGAAGCAUGGUAUGCUGUUCUUGUUUUGGUUCUUCCUGGUGAAGAGCAGAGGAUUUGGGGCCAGCAUGAAUUAGAGAUCGUUGAGGUGGUCGCUGACCAAGUAGCGGUUGCUCUCUCUCAUGCUGCAGUGCUUGAGGAGUCUCAGCUGAUGAGAGAGAAACUUGUUGAGCAAAACAGAGCACUGGAGCAAGCUAGGCGAGACGCCCUAAUGGCUAGUGAGGCUAGGAGCUCAUUCCUGAAGGGGGUUAGCCAUAGCCUAAGGAGACCCAUGUACAAUAUCUCUGGUCUUCUCUCUAUCUUACAACUCGAGAAUUUGAGCUCCGAGCAAACACUGGUUGUCGAUACUUUGAUAAAAACUAGUAGUGUUCUUUCAUCUCUCAUCAAUGAUAUAAUGGAGGUUUGGACAAUUGAUCAUGUCCGAAUGGGUAGCCUUGAGCUAAGGCCUUUUAGGCUUCACUCCAUGGUUAAGGAAGCUGCAAGUUUAGCGAGGUGUUUGUUUGCUUGCAAAGGGGUGGGUUUUACAGUUCGGGUCGGAAACAGGGUUCCUGAUAGAGUAAUUGGAGAUGAGAAGAGGAUUUUCCAAGUGAUUUUGCAUAUGUUUGGGAGCGUGCUCAAUGGCCCGUGUCAAGGUGGGAUUGAUUUUAGAGUUUCCUCAGAGGAUGGGAGAGAGGCAGGCCAAGAUAGAAUGAGGCUUCCCUGGAAAUCAGACUCAUCUGAUGGGUACAUGUAUUUGAGAUUCGAGAUUUUGGAGGGAGGCUCUGAGCCUGACGCUAUGGGUUUAACGUCUCAGAAUGCAAGGAAGCCUAACAGUGAGGGCAUUGUGCAAGGGCUUGGUUUUACAAUGUGCAAGAAGCUUGUGCAGAUGAUGCAAGGGAACAUAUGGAUAGUCCCCAAUUCUGAUGGCCUUCUCAAAAGCAUCUCUCUUGUGGUAAGAUUACAACUUCUGCCACCAAGUCCUGCAAUAACCGGUGAUCCCAAAUCUGCUGACAAACCUCCUGCUAUUAACCUCCUCGAAGGCCUCCAUGUCCUUGUUGCGGAUGAUGACCCAGUUAACCGUGCUGUAACUCUCAAAAUACUCGACACUUUGGGGUGCCAAGUCUCCUCUGUUUCCUCUGGUUAUGAGUGCUUAUCAACUCUAGGCCACCCUGGAAAAGCCUUUCAAGUGGUGCUUUUGGACCUCUAUAUGCCUGAUUUAGAUGGUUUUGAUGUCGGGUUACGGAUAAGGAGCUUUAGAACUGGCGUGUGGCCUUUAGUGAUUGCCUUAACGGCUAGUGCCGAUGAAGAUGUUAAGGACAGAUGCCUCAAAAUUGGCAUGAAUGGAGUGAUAAAGAAACCAGUGUUACUGCAUGGGAUGAGAGAAGAACUACUGAGAAUUCUUGAACAGGUGACUAAGAUCACUUGAGAAUUUUUCAGCAGUUGCUAAAGCUUUUGAGUAUUAACGACGAUUCUUUUUAUCACAUUUUUGGUGUACCCAUCAAAUAAGAUUUUGGGGUCGAUAGGCUGGCUGCUAGCACACGUUUUGCUGGAUUUAAAAUGCUCAGAUCUGGCUCUCCCUUGAUGCUCAUACAAUCUCUACACUUGUAAUCAGCAUGUGGAUUACAUGAGAUAGGGAUUAACAAAAGUUGACAUGUUUUGGGAAUGGUUGAGAAGUAGUGAAAUCAUUUUUGUCUAAUUGAGAUGUGUAUUUGUCAUCAAAUCCUUCUUGAAGGGACCCCUCUGCUUAUCAAGAAGUAAAUAAAUAAAACCCAACUUAUAGAA